UCCAAUUGCUCUUGAAAGAAAAAGAAACCACUGGUGUUCCCUUUUUAAUCUGGGAUCCAAGAGGCUGCUGCAUGUCCUGUGCAGAUCUCUGGAUGAGGAGCUGAACUGGGAGCUGGAAAAGCUGCUCGUGUGCAUGGAGAAGGGAAAGGAAGAGGCACAAAGGCUUCCUCGGACACAAACACAUUUUGAGGGAGAUGACUGAGGGAGAAGCCUGGUGAGCCUGCCCUGGGAUUGUGGAGGAUCUAGGAGAGCAUCCAGCACUGCUGCAGCUAAGCUCCCAGGACAGCCUUGAUGGAAUCUUUCCACUUCAUUUGCUUAUGUUUCCUUCUUCUGACUGUUGCAGCUCCCUGUUCAAUUAUUGCCAUGUCCAGUGACAACCACACUGAGGAGACACUAGACUCUUCUUCUGGCAACACAGCUGUGACAGUCUACCACUGUAAAGACUGUGAGAGUGAGAUAUGUGAAUCAAGUGAUUAUGCAGGCUUUGCAAAAAUUGCUGAAACCAAGCACAGGAAAUUCUCAAAUGAAGUAAUUCAGUUGGAGACCAAUGAAACACACAUUGUUAUGUGCUUUCUGCAAGAAAAUACUGUGCCUGGAGGAGUUUAUGCCAUCUUCUGGCAAAAAGACACGGGACUUGGAGACUCAUGUGGCAUCCCAGAUCCUGGAGCUUCCUCACAAAGGUGGGAAGGUGACAGCACUAUAGGGAAGAUUAAAGUUUGCUGUAAAGCAGAGACGAACAUCUUGGUGCCCAACCGUACUCUGAUGUGCUACACUGAAAUGCUAGAUGAGAAAACCAGCAGAUCAACAGCUGAAAUCCCUGAUAAUCCUCAACAUUUAGUCAACCAAAAGAGCAGCAUUGGCAUUGUCACUACACUACUGAUUCUUGGCCUUUGUGUAGCACUGGCAGUGUAUUGUGUCCGACAGAAGCGAAACGGUCAAGGUCGUGUCCUAGUGCUCCAACAGGUUUUUAAUGAGCAAAAGAUUGUCCAGUAGCAGAAGGGACAGAGUAGCUGCUCUGAGGAAUUCCCACUCCAGAUCUCCAGGCUUAAAUACAGGCAGCUGGAUUAUAAUUCUCACCAAAGUCAACUUGUGCCUUUGAUGGGCUCAUGGAUCCUUUUCAUUCAAUUCUGCAGCUGCUGGGAAAUACAAAAAGGGUGCUGACUCACAGAACUUCACAUCUAUUUGAAAAACAUCCACCAAUGAGGAAAUCAGACCUGUAUGCCAGCAGCUGCUCCUCAGUGAUGAUGUACAGUGUUCAACUGAAGAAACAGAGCUCAUUUGGUACCAGAUGUUGUGGUUGCCCAGCUCAAGGCCUUCAUGAACAACAUGAGAAACUUCCUGGAUCUCCCAUCCUCUCCUGCUGUUUUACAGCAGUCAUUGCAAAAUGUGUGGCUGGCUCAGCUGGUUUAAACCAGCUCAAUGCUCUCAGUGGUUUUCAGGGUUGAAACUGACUUCAUCUGAAAUUCUUCAGAGAUUUAUGUCUGUGCUCAGGAAAGAUGUGUUAGAGGCAGAGGCUCUCUGCAUGUCUCCCGUUUCAUAGCAGGCCCAUAUGUCCUUAUUCUUUUUAACUCUCAGGUGGUCUGUAAGAGAGAGCAUUUUCUACAGGUGACUGGUUUGUUGAAUUAAAGAGGCCUUUUGAACAAACAUUUGAUUUUGCAACCACUUGUAGGUUGAGGACAUCUCCUUUGUGUCCUUGUUCCUGUGCAAGGGUGGACAGGAGGGCUAUACCCAACUCCUUCAGAAAUGACAUUGGGUCAUGGAAGCCACAGCCCCCUCCCAGGCUGAACAGAACAUUGUAUCAACCUCCCUGACAAAUUAGGUCAGAAUUCUGUCAGUUUUAGUGUUGGACACUUUCAACAGUGACUCCAGUAUUUACAAAAGCAAAUUGAUGUACCUGCUCUGUUUCCUUAUUAGAAAAGACUACAAUAUUUCUAUAUCUGAAGACAGCUUUGUGUAUCCUGCAUGCAGACAGUAUGGAAUGAAACCUGCACUUUGGGGAUCCCCAUGGGUAGUUCACAGGUGCUACGUCAUCUUCCAGUGAUUCGAAUAACCACUAGUUUGCAUUAGAACUAAUGUAGUUUUAGGUUUCUGAGCAAAAAUCAGCAGCAGCACAACUGGAAAAGCAGUUCCAUGAAACAGUAUGGAUACCUGCAGAAUCGUUUUUGCGUGGUUUUAUUACCCGUAAAGCUGGAGCUAAAAACUUCCAUCAGGAAAUCUCGUAGGAUGUAGUGUAACUCUUGGAAUUUGCUGCAAACAAGUCAGAAAGGAAAAGUUCAUAAUGAAAAACAUCCAAAAAUAUGCUAGUAAUUUAUUUUACAAAUGCAGAAAUGCCUUCUGUGCUUAAAUGUGGCUCUUCUUUGGCACAGGAGCCCAGUGCUGUCGUCAGCUGGGUUUUUUCCCCUCCCAGUAGGGACUUUACUGAUCUAAGAUACCCUUUUAACUGAACUCUCAGCUAUUUGUUGAAUUUAUCUUUUCAAUUUUGAUGUGGUGGAAUGCAGCCAGAACUUCAUGAAGAGAUGGUAAUCCCCAGCUAUUCAAAGGCUUUAAACAUCUACUGAAUAUUUUGAUUGAUCCACUUGUGAACCCUGUUGUAGCAUGAUGAAUGUUAUGAUCUGUUUAUUGGAUAAGGCACAGCUAAGAUUACCUGUAAAGAAUCCAGACUCUGCAAGGAGUAGAAAAAACACUUUUUCUCUUUAUACAUUACCUUAGAACAACUGCAUUUCCCCUUUUUUUUUUCCCCAGAACAGGACUGCUGUAAUCUUUCAACAGAGCAGAGCUCUGUGUAAAAUGAGUGAGGAAGAGGUUUGUUUGGGACAAAAGUCUGGGAAAGGAGCAUUCAAGUCAGGUCUUUCACUUUCUGACCCCAUUGCAGCUAUCAAGGAUGUUACUUUUGGUUCUGUUUCCCUCUGCUCCAAAUUGUCGCUGUGGGUGCCUUUGAGGAGGUGCCAAGUGGUCCAGCUUACACAGUCAACCUGUAAACUGUGCUUCUGGAGAUUUCCAGUCAUAAACACAGUAUUUUCCUAUACCUAGAAAAAUAUUGCUUUAAAAUUGAAGGUAGUUCUUCUGUGUGGUCUUUUGAUGAGAAAAACAAAUGUGUCUAUGUAUAUCUGUUGAAAAAAAUCUAUGUGUGUAUAUAUAUGGUCAAAUUGAUAGCUGGCAUUGGGUAGUUUUGGUGUAAACUCAGAUUUUGAGUUCUUUGGCACAGGAACAAAGUGGCGUUUGAGAGUUCACAUUGUAUUAACUUGAGGGAUUUGGGUUUCACGAUGUGCAGAUUUAUUUCUACUCUUCAACACCAGUUGGGGCCAGAGAGCUGGACAUGUUUUGAGAGGAAAGGUUAUAUGGACACUUCUGCCCAGUGACAGUUGCUUUGCUGAAAUAGUCACAAGGUUCAAGACACAGACUGAUCUUUAUGGGUCACUCAAGAACUUUCCUUUCCAUCUCUUCUUUCUUCUGAAGAUUAUGCAGAUUGUGAUAGUCAGAGGUAUCCCUACCAACUGUUUCACUCUGCCCUUCUCGAGUUGUGUUGUGCUGGUAGACUUGAAUCAUCCCACAUCUCAGGAAAAACUGUUAUCAACAGCUUUAAAGAGUGAGAGUGUUUGUUCUAAGCAACUGCAUUGUUUUGCUUUGCAAUAUACAAAUAUAGGCAAAUUUUUGUUUAUGAAAUAAAAAUAUAGUAAAGAUACUAAGCAGUCUGACUCACCAAAUGCCAUCAUUUGAUAGUUAUCAUUUCAUUUCAGUUGCUUUUCUUUUGUGGUUUGUGUUGUUAUACUCAUCACAAUAAAACAACAGUUUAAA